AUGUAUUACACACCGCUUAACACAAACGCUGAAAAAGUCUCAUUUAUUCUACCCGAAACAUUGGCCGAAGAAGAAGUUCUUAAAUUGCAACAGUACAUUUCGAGUUCACUAUUAGCCCCCGUUGAUAUCUAUGUGUAUAAAGCGGGUGAUACGAGUACAGUGAAAGAUGGCGAAUUGUACAAGCGACGAGAAUCAUUCGCUCAAGAAUCAUUAAACAGUUGCAGCAUUGUUCGCGAUAUAUUCGAUGAAAGUGAAUUGAUGGAAAAAUUGCAAGGUCUAAUAAGCCAAAAUGUAUUAAAUGAUCCAUAUCGUAAACUAUUUUCAGCGGGAAUGUAUUCAAAAUCAUUAGAUAAAACAUGGCUUGGUAAAUUAAAUAAUAUACGCACACUUGGAUUAUCAACGACAAAUCUUAGCAAAAGAGAAAAAAAUGUUGAAGAUGAAUUACAACGCCAAUAUCACGAUAAAUAUUGA